AUGUCAGCCGUAGACGCGACUCCAAUUAAUCCAGAACCUCCGCCAGCCACUGAGCCAAUUCAAGAGAGUCUUGACGCGAAUUCCUUCAAAGCAUAUCUCGAGGAUCUACUCCCUAAGCUAAUCAACGCGGACAGCAGCGAAUUAAUUAGUCUUUGGAACGCAAGUACAGACGAAGAUAUCCUCAGAUUCGCCAAUGACCAGUCUUUGAUGGGUUUGUACAUCCAGCAGCUACGCACGCAGGACGAUCCUCCAAGAUUGACUUACAAUCUGACACAUACUCUGACUCAUCCUCCUAAUCUCGUUUCAACCGUUUUCAUGCUAAAGAGGUAUCCAACCCUUUCUCCGGUUGAUCCACUUUCUUCCCAACUCGUCAUUCUCAACCUCGCUGACGGCGGUUAUGAGGUCUUGCAUGCUCUUGUGCACCUUGCCGCUGCUCCCUACUUUGAUGCAUUCGUCAAUGCCAAAGGAAAAGGAAACGACGUCAGUAAAUCGAAAGACGCAGAUUCCAAGAUGGGUAUUCCAAUGACAAAAAAGAAGUUUGCAGAGUUAGAACUAUCACUGCUUCAUUUACAGCAAAAUGUUGAGAUUCCAGAGACUCAUCUUGCUAUUCAUUCCGCUGUCAGGGACGCUGUAACCAUUGCACAUGCCGCUGGAACUCGACCUGCACCGUCAGAUGUACAGCCACAAUCACUUCUCAAUGACAGCACAUUUCUCAAUCGUCUUCAGAACGAUGUUAAUAGCUGGAUCAAAGAGAUCAGAAAUGUUACCAAGCUGAAUAGAGAUGUCGCCAGUGGAACUGCCUCUCAAGAAAUCAACUUCUGGCUUAGUAUGGAAAGAGCUUUAGAAGGUAUUGAAGAACAACUCAAGUCCGAACCAAUCAUGCUCACAUUGGAAAUUCUCAAAUAUGCCAAACGUUUUCAUGCUACGGUCUCAUUUAUCGCUGAUACCGGUUUGAAGGAGGCAACCGAUAUUGUUCACAAGUAUAACCAACUAAUGAAGGAUUUCCCAUUAGACGAACUGCUUUCAGCUACAGACUUUCAAAAGAUACAAGACAGUCUAUAUCUUAUAUUCGGUCACAUCAACAAGAAGCUCAAAUUAUCACCAUACCCAAUCAGACGCGCGUUACCAUUAGUCGAAGCUAUCUCAAAAGAUUUCAACGACCAAAUGCUUAAAGUACUCCAAACGCACAGACUAAUGUACAUGGAGUACGAGAGUUUUGAGCGCUCCAUCAACGCUGCUGACUCCGCAUUCAAAGUCUGGGACGACGUUUUGAAGGAGUUUACCAACGUCGCACGUGAAGUAACCAGAAAGCGCUCGGAAAAAUUUCUUCCUAUCAAAAUCAACGCAGCACAUUGGAAGUUGGCUGAGAGGUGUGCGUAUCUUCGUAACUUUCGCAAGCAGCAUGAGCAAUUGCGCAACAUGACUGCUACAAGAAACACCAAAGCCGGUACAGGGGUUGGUGCCGACAAUCUCACCGAUCUCGAUAUGGAGGACGAAGUAAAGGCAGCUUAUGACACUCUGAAAAACGUCAAUGUCUUGGAUAUUUCAGUUGAGGGUACUGAAAUUUGGAUCGCCGCUGAAACUGCCUACAACGAGCGUGUUGCACGCGUCGAAAAUCAGAUCAUUGCUCGUCUCAGGGACCUCCUAGGUACUGCUCGUAAUGCAUCUGAGAUGUUUAGAGUCUUCGGUUACUACAAUGCACUCUUCGUUAGACCCAAGAUUCGUGGCGCCAUCUCAGAAUACCAAACGCAGCUCAUCGAUUCUGUCAAAGAAGAUAUUAAGCGACUACAUGGCAAAUUUACAACACAGUACAGAAACACUGAGGCAUUCCACAUGUCGCAGCUCAGAGAUAUACCGCCAAUCGCUGGCGCAAUUAUAUGGGCCAAACAGAUCGAGAGGCAGUUGAACAUGUACAUGAAGCGUGUUGAGGAUGUCCUUGGUGAGGGUUGGGAUUUGUAUGCUGAGGGAGCUAAGCUGCAAAGUGAGAGUACCUCCUUCAGAAAAAAGCUUGACACGCGUCCAAUCUUCGAGGCCUGGCUACAUGAAAUCAAUCGUCGUGACAUGCGUAUUGAAGGUCGGUUGUUUGAAAUUAGCCGCACUCGUAAUUCAGUUACUGGCGAACUAAAUGUUUAUCAGCUCAGUGUUAAUUUUGAUCCACAAGUUAUAACGCUCUUUAAAGAGGUCAGAAAUCUUCUCUGGAGACAAUUCCAAGUUCCGCAUGCUAUCAUCAACAUAGCUAAAGACGCCAAGCGUGUCUACCCACAUGCAGUCAGUUUGAUGGAAACUGUCCGAACGUAUUCCUUGACAGUCGAAAGAAUCACUGCUAACCCAGGCAUUGAGCCCUUGAUUGCCGAGUAUAGAAUUGAAGCGCAAAACAUAAUCACUAAGGGUAUGCCAUUAAGAUGGGAAUUCUUUGUUAAUACCUAUGACACUCGCUUUGGGGCUCUUUCAAGUAUAGAAGGACGCGAAGGGAGACAUAUGUACUUUAUAAGAGAGUUUGCUAGUGCGGUUGGAGUAUUGCAGGACAAAACCGAUGAUCUUAUUGACACGUAUAAUGAAGUGAUGAGAACAAUUGACGAGCUAGUCACUUGUCCAUUCAAAGCAGAGAUCUUCGCUUCUCACCUGACAUCUAUUCAAAAGACCAUCGACAAGCUCAACUUGGAAGGAUACACUAAUCUGAAUAAUUGGGUUGAGAAGUUGGACUCUAAGAUUGAAAAUGUUUUACUUGAGCGUGUAAAGCAGAUUAUUGACGAAUGGUGCGUCGCUUUCAAUAGAAGUAGAGAAGAGGCACCAGUCAGUCGAUCAAAAGAGGCAAUUAUGAAGAAAGCCAAGCACGAUAACGAAGUUUUUAUAGAGUUGGAGCAAUUAUAUCAUGAAAUUCGUAUCAGAGACCAAGUGAUCUACGUCGAUCCACCGGUUGAGCAUUCCCGCACAGAUUGGUAUAAGCAAUUGCACAUUUGGCUGGGUGUAAUAUGUAACCUCCCGCGCAUACAGUCUUCGCGGUACGAAAUCGGUCUGCAGUUCAGCCGCGUACCAGAGUUUGAAUACGACAACACUUACACCACACUCCUCACCAAGCUACCAUUCGAGACGCUAGCCAAACCAUUCGCUUUAAUCGAAGAAAAGGUGAAGGAAGUAAGUUCAUAUGUCGGUAAAUGGCUACAGUUCCAAUCCUUAUGGGAUCUGGAAGGCGAACAGGUUUACAGUCGUCUUGGUGACUCAUUAGCGUUGUGGCAGCAGCUGUUAAGUGAGAUAAAAAAGACAAGAAGUACAUUUGAUACUUCUGACACUCAACACUCAUUCGGUGCGGCUGUUGUGGAUUUUGCUCAGGUGCAAGUGAAGGUAAAUGCAAAGUAUGAUUUCUGGCAACGUGAUAUUGUCACUCGAUUUGGGCAGAAGUUGAAAGAUGCAAUGAAAGAGGCUCAUUCUGCUAUACAAAAAGCUCGCUACGAAUUAGAAACGCAGUCUAUAGAAGGUAGCUCUACAGUCCAGGCUGUGUCUUUCAUCACUUUCGUUCAGGAUAUCAAAAAGAGAGCCAGAAAGUGGGAGCCUGAAAUUGCUUUGUUUAUUGAGAGUGAAAAGACGCUUGAAAAGCAGCGCUACCAAUUCCCAUCUGACUGGCUUUGGGUUGAUCAGGUACAAGGUGAAUGGAGUGCUUUCAAUGAAAUCCUCAAGCGUAAGAAUGACCUCAUUCUGGAGCAGUUGUCUGGUCUGCAGCUCAAGAUCGAUGCUGAGGAUAAGAUUGUUCGUAAUAAGAUAGAAGAGAUCAUCAAGGAAUGGGAGGAUAACAAACCGAUUCAAGGUAAUAUACGCGCUGAUCAGGCCAUGAAUACAAUCAACAUCUACGGAUUGCGCGUAGAACAGCUGAAGAGUCAGUAUGAUCUGGUUUUCAGGGCUAAGGAGGCUCUUGACCUUGAACAUAUGAAUGAUGAUCGCCUCGAGCCUGUGCUUGAAGAGUUGAAGGAUCUGCGUGCUGUGUGGACAGCGCUUUCAGGUGUUUGGGACCAGAUAGCAGAGCUAAAGGAGACGACUUGGGCUUCGCUGCAACCACGCAAAUUGCGUGUAUCGUUGGAGAAUCUGCUCAAUUCGACCAACGAAAUGCCGAGCAGGAUGCGCCAGUACAGUGCAUUUGAAUAUGUUCAAGAAACUCUGAAGUCCUACCUAAAGCUCAACUCAACUAUCUCAGACCUCCGCUCCGAGGCUCUACAUGACCGCCAUUGGAAUCAGCUGUUUAAGAGUUUAAAGAUAAACCGCGUUUACUCGCCAAACAACAUGACACUAGGUAAUAUCUAUGACGUUGAUUUGAAGCGGAAUGAGUCCUUGAUAAGAGAUGUGAUUACCCAAGCAGCUGGUGAAAUGGCGUUGGAGGAGUUUUUGAAACAAGUUCGCGAAACGUGGUCAAACUAUCAACUUGAACUAGUCAAUUAUCAAAACAAGUGCUUCUUGAUCAAGGGCUGGGAUGAGUUAUUCUCGCAAUGCACUGAGCAUACAAACUCACUUAAUGCAAUGUCUAACUCGCCCUACUUUAAGGUCUUUGAAGAUGAUGCUCGGUCGUGGGAAGACAAACUGGUUCGUGUACACAAUCUGUUCAACUUGUGGAUAGAUGUACAGAGACAGUGGGUUUAUUUGGAAGGAAUAUUCUCAGGAUCUGCGGAUAUAAAACAUUUGCUUCCAAUGGAGAGUCAAAAAUUCCAGACCAUCAAUACAGAGUUCUACAAUAUUCUUAAAGGUGUCAAGAAAGCACCAUUCGUUUUGGAGGUUUUGAGCAUCACUGAUGUACAGAAGCGCAUGGAAAAGCUCGCAGAAACGCUCAAUAAGGUACAGAAAGCAUUGGGUGAAUAUUUGGAGCGCGAGCGUUCAUCAUUCCCUAGAUUCUACUUUGUCGGUGAUGAAGAUUUACUUGAGAUCAUUGGUAACAGCAAGGACAUCAUCAGGAUUAUGAAACAUUUGAAAAAAAUGUUCGCUGGUAUUUCCAACGUCGUGUUGAAUGAUGAUAUCACCGAAAUACAAGCUAUGGUGUCAAAAGAGGGCGAAAUCGUAAAUUUUUCAAAUAUCAUUCAAUUGAAAGACUAUCCGAAGAUUAACGACUGGUUGGCUAGGAUAGAGAGUGAGAUGAGGGUGUCUUUGGCAGACUUGCUUACUGACUCUGUCGUUUCGUUGAGGGAGUUCUACUCAAACGAAGAAAAACUCGAUAUCGACAUGUUCUUGGAAUGGAUGAACAAAUAUCCAGCUCAGUUGGUAGUCCUUGCAACACAAAUUGAGUUUUCUACCAUAGUCGACAAAGCUCUGCAGGCUGGAUUAGAUCUGAGAGCUGAGCAGUCUAUUAUUCUGCGCACACUUGACGUCUUGGCCGAUACCGUCCUUACGAACCUACCAACUAUACAGAGACGUAAAUGUGAACACUUAAUUACUGAACUAGUACACCAAAGAGACGUUCUGAGAUCGCUUAUCAGAGAUGAAGUUAGCAGCCACAGAGAUUUCAAUUGGUUAUAUCAAAUGAGAUUCUACUUGGACACCAAUGUGGCAAUAUCAAUGGACCGGUUAAGUGUUCACAUGGCUGAUGCUACUUUCGAUUACGGUUACGAAUACCUAGGUGUACCAGACAGAUUGGUUCAGACGCCUUUAACCGACAGGUGCUACCUGACUUUGACACAAGCACUUAACUCACAACUUGGUGGUGCACCAUUCGGACCUGCGGGUACAGGUAAAACAGAGUCAGUGAAGGCUCUUGGUGUACAAUUAGGUAGAUUUGUCUUGGUUUUCUGCUGUGAUGAAACGUUUGAUUUCCAGGCCAUGGGACGUAUCUUCAUUGGGUUAUGCCAGGUUGGCGCGUGGGGAUGUUUCGAUGAAUUCAACCGUCUUGAUGAAGGUACCUUGUCAGCUGUAUCGGAACAGAUCUUGCAGGUGCAGCAGGCUCUUGCAACCUCGUUCGGAAGUUGA